AUGCCAGUGCAACGCAUUAACUUUGGCGAUCUUAACGAUGGCAUUGAUUGGGUGAACGCUCUCCCUCCUCAUGUCCUUGCACAGCAGCAUGUUAAUCAGGCGCUACGCCUGGUACACGAUCCGCUCUCCUUUAUGUUGGCGUGGCCUAUUCCGGAAGACAGCUUUCCUGUCCCUCGGGCGAUACAACUGAGACGAGAGGCUGAAGCUCGUGGCACGGCCUUUCGGAGUCGACGUGGCCUUGUGAACGCGCGAGCAGAGGCGGCUCAAGGGCAAUGGGAUCAAGCGCAGCAGGGUCAGAUGGUUCCGCGCAACAAUCCGAGCUCGGAAUCUGCAAAUCGGCGGUUGGCUCCGGAAAGAAUUGUUUCUCAGCCACGGUCACAACAGAUGCAGCGACAUACUCCCCGUUUGGCGAAUGCCGAGUCUUCUUCUGCUCGUUUGGCGCCCUCUGGGAUGGAUUCAGAUAUUUACCAGGCUCUCUCAUACUUCGGUGGAAUAAUGAACGCAGACCUUGACCCGGAUGAUUACGGAACAAGUUCCGCAAUUGCGUUUAGUGGAGAGAGUUUGCAUGUGUCCUCGGCGAGUGGGGCAGGAGGCGCUAGUGGAAGUCCCACCUAUACUCGAGUUGCGGUGUCCGUGCAGGUACCAGCAGCUGCAGCACCUCGGAUUACUGCGCAUGUGGAGAGGGGGGUGGUGCAGCCCCGCCAUCACUCCCAGCGAAACAGAAGCGGUGUUGGAUAUGACAUCAUUACGGGAUACGGGGGGGAGUUACCUGUCCAACAAGCUGCGCCAUACCAAACCGGAGGGUCACGUGGGGGAAACCACGGUGUUUGGGAGAUUGAUGAUUUUUCUUUUGAAAACCUGCUACGGCUUGACGAAGGAAACAAGUCUGCCGGUCUUUCUUUACAGCAGAUUCGUGGGAUGAGGCCUGUUUCCUAUGCCAGUGUGAAACCAAAUAAGGACAGUAAGCGAGACUCAGGGAGAGCAUCUCUGAAAAAUGAGGAAACGUGCGCAAUCUGCCUAGAGGAGUACUCACCUGGAACAAUGGUUUUUAAGAUUGGAUGUGGGCACAUAUUUCAUCACGGCUGCAUUGUAAAAUGGUUGAAGGAAAGUAACCGGUGUCCCACAUGCCGAUACGAGAUUCCACGCAUACGAGAAAGGGGACUAUGA